AAUUACUUUAAAAGCCGGCAAAAAUAAUGAAAACAGAUCAUUGCUCACCUAAUAGCUCAAUUAAUAGUAUCAUGGCAUAUUUAAUAAAAGUGUUGAUCUUACUCAUAAGUAUAGUUUAUUUAAACGAAGCUCAGCAAUUUGAGAUUCCAUCGGAUCUCCUUCUACCAUGCCAAUCAUACGAUUAUGGAUACAGUAGUCUUCCAGUAGAGGAGGCACCUAACUAUGAUGCCCGUCCAAAACGUCAACAAAAGAUGAGUCUUGGAUAUAAGAUUGAGAGCUUGAAAAGAGUCUGUGCAAAUCAAAUGGGCAUUCCUUUGAGUGAAAUCCCACAAGAUUUAUUGUAUGAAGAAAAUCCAACACCUAAAAUAAAGUGUGUCAUGGCAUGUGUUUUGCAGCGUUUACAAUUGAUGACGAAAAACAAUCUCAUUUCAACUCGAGGCAUUGAAAAGUUGGCUGAUGAAGUUGGCAAUAGUAAUCCACUGAUUACAGCCAUUGCAGUUGCUUUGGCAGAACGAUUUAAUGAACGUUUGAGUUCCAUGAACAUAAACAAUCCGUGUGAGGCAGGAUUUCGUAUUAAUCAGUACAUUGCAGAAGAAAUGAGAGCUAGAAAGAUCGAUGUUCCCUAUUGAUUAUUAUGUUAAUUAAUUAGUUAAUUGUGAUACU